UGAGCGAGGCGGGCGGGCGGAGGAUGGGGCUGUGCCCGGGCUCCCGCUGCAGCCGCCCGGGGACACGCCGUGCACCCUCCGGCUCGGGGCUCUCGCGGCGGCGGCGGCGGCAGCGUUAGCGGCGGCGGCGAGAGCGGCGUUCCCUGCGCUUCUUCCUCGGGCUGGACGUAGCGAAGAGGCAGCGGUGGCGGCAGGAGGCGGCGGCGGCAGCACACCGGUGUCUCUCCCGCUGGAGAUUUCUUUCUGCUUUCCUCGUCGACUGACUCACCCCCUCCCUUUUUUGAGGAAGGGUGACCUCUUCCCUGGGACUGGAAAAAAUAUUUUUUCGAGGAGGGGGUGGUUGGCAGCCUCAGGGUCUGCUGCUUCUCUUCUUUCAGCUCCUCCUCCUCCCCCCUCCAAGACCAAAAAGCAAACCCCACAACUGCUCCAGCAUCCUCCUUCCCUUCCUCCACCCCCCUACUCCACCGCUCCCAGUUUCGCCCUCUCCCCUCCUAAUUAUUUCAUUAUUAUGCUUCCCUCUCUGGGGGGUCUGGUCCCUCUCAGAUCGCGCGGAAGCCCUGGCCUCCCCUGGAUGCCUUUCUUAAAAAUUUGGGAGCCUGGGAGUGAGUUUUCUCCGAGGCGUGUGUGAGAGGCGGCGGGGGUGUUUUCCUGCGCGAGGGGCGGGUGAAGUUCAUUGCCCCCACUUUCCCGCGACCUUUUCGGACCGGGUUUUGACUCGAGGGGCAGGCGUUUUCGGGGGCCGGGGGACGCGGCGGAGAAUGGCUGCGGGGAGGGCUCCCCGGAGCCUCCCAGUUUCUUGAUCAAAGCAUUCCGCUAUUCUGAUUUAUUGCCUGCUUGGUGAGUUAUUUUUUUUUUCCCUCUAAAGGAGACCUGUGUGUUCAGCCAUUACUUUGCUCGGCGCCCCUCACAGGAAUCUCCGACCCUCGGUGCGGUGGGCAGCCCCGCACUUGGGCUCCUUGCCUCUAGCCCUCGCUCCCGGCCCUCCUCCCUCUCUCCGCCCCUUCCCCCUUUUCUUUCUCCUCUCUUUCUUCCCCUCUCUCCCUUCUUUCGGCCGCCGUCUCCCCCGCGCCCUCCUCGGGGCGGAGGGAAGCCGAGAAGGGGGAGGGAGGGGUUGGUGUCAAUUUUUUUGUGUGGCCGCGGCCGGAGCCUUUGGCGGGCAGGCAGCGAGCGGGGAGACCCCGGCGCGGCAGAGCCAUGGAUGGCCCGACGCGGGGCCAUGGACUCCGCAAAAAGCGGCGGUCGCGAUCGCAGCGAGACCGGGAGAGGCGCUCCCGGGGCGGGCUGGGGGCCGGCGCGGCCGGUGGCGGAGGGGCCGGCAGGACCCGGGCGCCCUCGCUCGCCUCGUCGUCGGGCUCCGACAAGGAAGACAAUGGGAAGCCCCCGUCCUCCGCCCCGUCCCGGCCCAGACCCCCGCGGAGGAAGCGGAGAGAGUCCACCUCAGCCGAAGAGGACAUCAUUGAUGGAUUUGCCAUGACCAGCUUUGUCACUUUUGAAGCGCUGGAGAAAGAUGUCGCACUUAAGCCUCAAGAGCGUGUGGAGAAACGCCAGACUCCUCUGAGCAAGAAGAAGCGAGAAGCCCUGAGCAACGGCUUGUCCUUCCACUCCAAGAAGAGCCGGCUUAGUCACCCGCACCACUGCAGCUCAGAUCGGGAGAAUGACCGCAACCUCUGCCAGCACCUGGGGAAGAGAAAGAAGAUGCCCAAGGGACUCAGACAGCUCAAGCCAGGACAGAACAGCUGCAGGGACAGCGACAGUGAGAGCGCCAGCGGAGAAUCGAAGGGCUGCCCCAGGAGCAGCUCCCGAGAAAGGCUCAGCGACAGUUCAGCUCCUUCCAGCUUGGGAACAGGCUACUUCUGUGACAGCGACAGUGACCAGGAAGAGAAGGCAUCAGAUGCCAGCUCUGAAAAACUCUUCAAUACUGUUAUUGUAAACAAAGAUCCGGAGUUAGGUGUCGGCACGCUACCUGAACAUGACAGCCAGGAUGCAGGGCCGAUUGUCCCCAAGAUAUCUGGCCUAGAGAGAAGCCAGGAGAAGAGCCAGGACUGUGGCAAAGAGCCCAUCUUUGAGCCUGUGGUGCUGAAAGACCCCUGCCCUCAGGCCCUGCAGCCGCUGCCCCAGCCCCAGGCGGAGCCCCAGCCGCCUUCUCCAGCCCGUGACCUGGUGCAGUGCACAGAGGCCCUGCCGCAGCCCCCACGUCCAAGCACACAGCCGCCGCAGGCGCCCUCAGAGGCCCAGCUCCAGCCCGUGCCGCAGCCUCAGGUGCAGAGGCCCCCUCGGCCACAGUCCCCCACCCAACUGCUCCACCAGAGCCUCCCAUCCGUGCAGGCCCACCCCUCAUCUCAGAGCCUCUCCCAGCCACUGUCAGCCUACAACAGCAGCAGCUUAAGCCUCAACAGCUUAAGCAGCAGCAGAAGCAGCACCCCAGCGAAGACUCAGCCGGCCCCUCCUCACAUCUCCCACCAUCCCUCGGCCUCCCCAUUCCCCCUCUCACUGCCCAACCACAGCCCCCUGCACAGCUUCACGCCCACCCUGCAGCCCCCCGCACACUCCCAUCACCCCAAUAUGUUUGCCCCUCCCACUGCUCUGCCUCCUCCACCACCACUGACAUCAGGGAGUCUGCAGGUGCCCGGACACCCGGCCGGGAGCACUUACUCAGAGCAAGACAUCCUGCGACAGGAACUGAACACACGUUUCUUGGCCUCUCAGAGUGCUGACCGCGGGGCCUCCCUGGGCCCUCCGCCCUACCUGCGGACUGAGUUCCACCAACACCAGCACCAGCACCAGCACACGCACCAGCACACGCACCAGCACACCUUCACGCCGUUCCCCCACGCCAUCCCGCCCACUGCCAUCAUGCCGACGCCAGCACCUCCCAUGGUGCGUACCCCAGGCAGAAAUUUUGACAAAUACCCUACAAAAGUUGACCCAUUCUACCGGCACAGUCUCUUCCAUUCCUAUCCUCCUGCAGUAUCGGGCAUCCCCCCUAUGAUUCCACCCACUGGCCCUUUUGGUUCACUACAAGGAGCAUUUCAGCCGAAGACAUCCAACCCUAUCGAUGUUGCUGCUCGACCUGGGACAGUCCCUCACACUCUGCUCCAGAAGGACCCAAGGUUGACAGAUCCUUUCAGACCUAUGUUAAGGAAACCAGGGAAGUGGUGUGCUAUGCAUGUUCAUAUUGCCUGGCAGAUCUACCACCACCAACAGAAAGUCAAGAAACAGAUGCAGUCAGACCCACAUAAACUGGACUUUGGACUGAAACCUGAGUUCCUGAGCCGUCCUCCAGGCCCCAGUCUCUUUGGAGCCAUCCACCACCCCCAUGACCUGGCACGGCCUUCGACUUUGUUCUCUGCCGCUGGUGCUGCACACCCAACUGGGACUCCCUUUGGGCCGCCUCCUCAUCACAGCAACUUCCUCAAUCCUGCUGCCCACCUCGAGCCUUUCAAUCGUCCGUCUACGUUCACGGGCCUAGCAGCAGUGGGUGGCAAUGCCUUCGGCGGACUUGGAAAUCCUUCAGUUACACCCAACUCAAUGUUCGGCCACAAGGAUGGCCCCAGUGUGCAGAACUUUAGCAACCCUCACGAACCCUGGAACCGGCUGCACCGAACGCCUCCGUCGUUCCCGACCCCUCCGCCCUGGCUGAAGCCAGGGGAGCUGGAGCGUAGCGCGCCCACUGCAGCUCAUGACAGAGAUAGAGAUGUAGAUAAACGAGACUCAUCUGUUAGUAAAGAUGACAAAGAAAGGGAAAGUGUUGAGAAAAGACACUCCAGCCACCCUUCACCAGCACCUGUCCUCCCGGUGAGCACCCUGGGACAUACCCGCAGCUCCACUGAACAGAUCAGGGGUCAUUUGAACACUGAGGCUCGCGAGAAAGACAAAUCCAAAGAGAGGGAGAGAGACCACUCAGAGUCCCGCAAGGACCUGACCGCCGAGGAGCACAAAACGAAGGAGGGCCACCUGCCCGAGAAGGACAGCCACAGCCACGAGGGGCGAGCCGUGGGCGAAGAGGCCAAGCAGCUGGCCCGGGUGCCGUCGCCCUACGUGCGGACCCCGGUCGUGGAGAGCACCAGGCCCAACAGCACCUCGAGCCGUGAGGCUGAGCAGCGCAAGAGCGAGCCCGCCUACGAGAACCCCAAGAAGAGCUCAGAAGUCAAGGUGAAGGAGGAACGCAAGGAGGACCACGACCUCCCUCCGGAGGCCCCCCAGACCCACCGGGCCUCAGAGCCACCUCCUCCCAGCUCCUCCUCCAGUGUGCACCCGGGGCCUUUGGCCUCCAUGCCCAUGACGGUGGGGGUGACAGGCAUUCACCCCAUGAACAGCAUCAGCAGCCUGGACAGGACUCGCAUGAUGACCCCCUUCAUGGGCAUCAGCCCCAUCCCGGGUGGAGAACGGUUCCCAUACCCUUCUUUCCACUGGGACCCCAUUCGGGACCCUUUGAGGGAUCCCUACCGAGAACUUGACAUUCACAGGAGAGACCCGCUGGGCAGGGACUUUCUGCUAAGGAAUGACCCUCUUCACCGUCUCUCCACUCCCCGGCUGUACGAAGCUGACCGCUCCUUCAGGGACAGGGAGCCUCAUGAUUAUAACCACCACCACCACCACCAUCACCACCCUCUGUCUGUGGACCCACGGCGGGAACACGAGCGAGGGGGUCACCUGGAUGAGCGGGAACGCUUGCACAUUCUCAGAGAGGACUAUGAGCACACGCGGCUCCACCCAGUGCACCCGGCUGCCCUCGACGGGCACCUCCCCCACCCCAGCCUCCUCACUCCGGGACUCCCCAGCAUGCACUACCCCAGAAUCAGCCCCACCGCGGGGCACCAAAACGGACUCCUCAACAAGACUCCUCCUACAGCCGCGCUCAGUGCGCCGCCCCCACUCAUUUCUACACUGGGGGGCCGCCCAGUCUCUCCCAGAAGGACUACUCCACUGUCGGCAGAGAUAAGGGAGAGGCCGCCUUCCCACACGCUGAAGGAUAUUGAAGCUCGAUAAGGAGAGACUAGGACACGAAAGAGGAAGAAAUCCUACCCCGACACGAUGCCAGACUUUAGAAAGAGAGAGCACGAGAACUCCUGCAUCAUUAACACAGACUGGGGGGCGAGAAGCCCCCAACUCUUACCUUUGUAAAAAAUGUAUAGACUCGGUGCAGAUUUUGAAAUGUUUUUGUAUAUUAUAUGUUGAAAUUUUUCAGAUCUUUUAGCCAAGUCACAUGUUCUCACGUGUCCCAACUCUCUCGGUUUCUCGUAUAAAACUUUUUGAUUUGAACCAAAACAGUGAAGAUGACAACACACACCAGUGUGGUAAUACUUGGGGAGAAAGCAAACAACAAUCCACACAAUCCAUCGUGCAAAGCUCUUUCAGGUGAGAAGGGAAAGCCGUGUACAUACUAUGUAAAAAAAGGUUGCUUCACGAGCUAAGGGUUCAUAUAUGCAAAAGGGUAAGAUGAAAGCUUUACUUUGUAUAAAUGUAAAUAGAUAAAGAUUAAGUAACAUAAUACAUUAAUACUUCUUAAAAUGUGCUAUUUGCAAACCUAAUAUCAGUGAACACAGGUGGCUAUGCUGUGUUCCCAUGUAUUGUUAUAGACAGCUAAACCCUUCAACUAUGCAAUGAAUGUUAGGGCUUUUCACAAAAGCCCGUCUAACUCAAAGGAGCCUUUUCAAUCCAUUUACAACAUACUUAAGGUCAUAUUUUCCCUGAACAAGCACUUACGUGAUAUGACUCUGUUUUCCUUGCUUGUUUUUUUCAAAUGGAGAAACAUCCUAUUUUGCAAAUUGGACCCCAGGCUGAAACUUUGCGUCUGAAGUUGCUGCUUGUGGGCUCCCAGGGGGAGAGGGCAGCCCUGGAAAGGUAACGAGGACAUGAGCAACCAGUGCCAGGGAGGACGGGCGUUGUCAGAUGCCAAAAUCAGGGGACACAAACAGGUCGCCAGCAUCUCGUCACCACCCAUCACAUGAUUUCACACACACCUCUUGUGGGAACCAUGCAUUUUUCAGUGUGUCCUGUUUCAUAUCUGUACACACCUCCUCGUUUGGUAAUGAGAUUUAAUUACACCUAAACAGAUCCUGAAAGAAAGCUUCAAGUUUUCUCAGAUGAUGGAUAUGUUUUCACUGUAUUCAAUAACUGACGAGUUUAAGGUGCACAUUUCCUAAUGUGACUCAAUGUAUUCCAGUCAGUAAUAAAGUCUGGGAAUAGCCGUGACAGGUCAGCCCUGUGCAGCCAUGGAGAGUUACAGAGGGUGGAAGGUGGCAGACAAAGUUUUGUGUGUGCGUGUGUUUUUAAGUUUGCAUCGAUCUUAAUGUCUCUUCAUAAUACUUUUAUAACACAUUAAGCCUCUUGUCUACAUAUUUGGAGAGAAUAUGACUUUACUAGCAGAGAAAUACAAUAUAUCUUGUCUACUGGACUGUAAAAUAUAUGUAUGAAAUAAAAUUAGUUCCAUUUGGUCUUCUAGUAUAUUAAAAGUGCUAUCUGACGUUGUUAUCCUGUUUUUGCAAAAAAAAAAAAAAGUUAAUUACAGACCAUUGUUUCUAAUAAGCAGAGAGAUCUAUUUUAGUAGUAAACUAAAGGUUUAGUUGUGAGCUUCAGAUUUUGUGAACUCCAGAUGUUGUGCAGUGUUUUUUUUUUUGUUUUUGUUUUUUUUGUUUUGUUUUGUUUUUUUGUUUUUUAAGACAACAAUUAAAAAGGAAAAAAAAAUUCAAGGAAUAUGUACACUGGAACUGUAGUGGUAGCUUUCAGUAUUGUAAAGAGAUUGUUCUAUACAGACCUUUUUGCCGUUUAUCCUGUAUGUAAUAAAGUCCUUUCUAGAUCCUAUGUGAAAAGAAAAGUGAAGCGACUGAAUCUUCAGCAUGUUCUCAUCAGCGGAGCCUUCUUGUGUAACGUAAACUGUGCCAUGUUAUUAAAAAAUGUGAACUAA